AUAAGUCCUACUAGUAGGCUCCAUACUACUCAGCUUAAGCCCCCAUUAUUAAUGCCUAGUUUAGUUAAUAUGCUUGCUGAUCCUAUUACUAUAUUGGCAGAUUUUCAUAUUACUUCUCUUCCAUGCACUGAUGGAUUGGGUACCUGUCUAGUAUAUAGUAUUCUGUGCUCUGAUGUUUUUAAGUUACAAGGUGCUAAAG